GUCAGGUGCAGGGAGGGGUGGGAGGAAGGGGGCUGGUGGUAGCUGUCUGGCCAUGAGGCAGGCUGACCUUCAGAGGCACAGGGCAGUGUGCUUGCGGUCUGGUUGCCCACAGCAGCAGUCAUGAACAAAGGAGAUUACAACUGCACAGAUCUGCUAGCGCUGGGAAUCCCCUCCUUAUGCCAGGCCUGGGGCCUCUGGGCCCUCUUCGGGGUUGCCCUGCUGCUGUUUCUUAUCUCACUGGCUACACUCUUGUUCCACUGGACCAGUGGCAGGAUCAACAGCAGGCGUCAGGGGCAGGCAGUCUCAGGAGCGUCGGUGGAGGAGGUUCCCUUGUAUGGGAACCUGCACUACCUACAGACAGGACGGCUGUCUCAAGAAUCAAGGCCAGAACAGCAGGAUCCACCCACUGGAGGGCCUACUAGGGCUGCAGAUGAGCCCACCUGCUAUAGUAGCCUGCAGCUGCGGCCUCCACAUGGCCGGACCCCCAGCCCUGGGACCCCCAUCAAGUACUCGGAGGUGGUGCUGGACUCGGAGCCAAAGCCUCCGGACCCUGAGCUGGAGCUCUAUGCCUCGGUGUGUGCACAGACCCGCAGGGCCAGGGCUUCGUUCCCCGAUGAAGCCUACGCCAACAGCCAGCCUGCAGCCAGCUGAGGUGACAGCCCGUGGCGCCGCCUGCCCAUCACGGGGGCUGCUGCCUCUUCCCUCUGUCCACCCUGUGUUGGGAGUAACACUUACCUGUCAGCCGGCCCCCACACAUGGGGAACCACACAGGCAACAUGUCAGGGGGACAGGCAGGUGCCAGUUUCCUGAGGAAGGGGGAGGGGCAGCAAAGGCAGUGGUCCCCUUCAUACCGCCACACCUGUUUCUGGAGGCCCCCCAACUUCUCUCUUCCCCUCAUUUCCCGGGUUUCUUUAGAACCCACCCCCACCACAGGCACAGGAAAUGGGGUGGGGGGAGGUGAGAGCUGCACAGGAUGUGUGGGAGGGUGUCGUUCACGGCAGCCUGUGGGCUGCAGGGGUCCUGGGACCCCGAUGGCUGGGGGCUCAGCAGCCCAACUCAUGCCCCAGGAACUGGACAGAAUAUAGGUCUCCACCCUGGCAUUGCUAUUGUGUCCUCAAAUUUGCAAAUAAAACUUGUCAAACAG